AUGGCGUCCCAAAGCGUGCUGCUUCAGUUCAAUUUGAAGCCUGAGGAUUCCGAUGUUGGCUCAAAAUGCGAGGAGCUGAUGGCCAUAUUUGGUCUGAGUGUAGAAGACCUGUUUGUCCAAUGGGAGACAUACGUGAUGAACGCGAGUGCAGCAGAUGAUCCGCUGCAGUUGAACGUUGAGAAUCUCGGGAGACUUCAGGAACAUCUCCAGAAAAAGCUUGUGAAAAGCCAGCAAAAGACACCGCUCUCUUCAGUCAAGCGUCCGAUGAUGAGAACGCCAAACAUGCACCUAAUACCAUCGACACCGUCCGCGAAGAAGCGCAGGACAGACACACCACAGAGUGCCGAUGUCAGUUUUACUGCAGUGGGGUCGUCGCCGUUGCGAUCUUCUCCCACAAGAUCUGCCGUUUCAGGCGAAAUCAUCGAGACACUGAACGGUCAUCUUGACGUGCUUCCUGGUAGCGGAAUCAGGCCGAAGCUGUUGGCCAAUUUCAAUCCUCAAAAAUACAAGUUCCGCACCAUGAAUCAAAAACUUCUCGAAGUGGCAGACUAUUUGGACGAGCAAAUUGACAGCAUGGCCAAGGUUGUGCUUGAACACUACAAAUUCGACAGCGAGGAGUUUGGUAACCCAAAUAUCCAGUCCCAGAAUGAGAUCCUCACUGUGGGACGUAUCGUGCCAGACUCGCCAUUGACUGCCUCAGAUGCUGACUUGAACGCAAAUUCGCUGUUUCUGGAAACGUCACGACUUGGCGGAAUAGGCCAAAGAAUUAAGCUGGACCUCUCCUCGCUCCAAAACUACUCAUUUUUCCCUGGCCAGAUCGUUUGUUUCCGCGGCCAAAAUUUGACAGGAGAGUUCUUCAAAGUCACCGAAACGCACCAAAUCCCAUUUUUAGAAUCACCUGUCUCAUCCGCCGAGGAGCUGCAGUCGUAUGAGUACGGAGCAGGAAACAUGAAGGUGGUCUUCACCGCAGGACCGUACACGCCGCAGAGAGAGCUUGAAUACACCCAUCUGGCAGAAUUUGUGGACAAAAUGAAUAAUGAGGUGCGUCCAGAUACAGUGGUGAUGUUUGGGCCUUUUGUGGACGUCAACCACGCACAAGUAGCGGACGGAACGCUGCACUUCGACGGGCUCGAAAAACAGCCAGCUACGCUAGACGACGUGUUUCGUGCCGUGGUGGCACCUAUCCUGCGGAAACUCGAAUGCCUCGUUAUUCUGGUCCCCUCUACGAAAGAUGCCACCACCAAGCACGCCGCAUAUCCACAGGACUCGUUCGACAGAAAAAAUUUGGGGAUGCCCAAAAACGUCAAGUGUUUCCCGAAUCCAGCCACAUUCCAACUGAACGAGUUUCUCGUCGGCUGCUCCAACAAUGAUAUCUUCAAAGACCUCAAAGACGUGGCCGUGGGCGCCCCCUUGAAAGAGUCGCGCUUUGACAGAAUCUCUGGUCACGUGAUCGAGCAGCGGCGAUACUACCCGGUGUUCCCUGGCGGGCUGAAACAGAAACGGAGUCUCAAGGAGGACGAGCAGUCUGUGCACAUCAGCGGCGCGGACCUGCACGUCAGUUAUAUGGGACUAGCUGAAUUCAAUACGUCUUUGCCUGACAUUCUUGUGAUUCCUUCGGAGCUCAAGGCGUUCAGCAAGAUUGUGCAGAACGUGUUAGUGGUCAAUCCUGGCACGUUUAUGCGCCAGAAUUCAGCAGGCUCGUAUUGUGAGGUGAAUCUCAAGGCACCAAAGCUUGAUGAGCUCGAAAAAGUGGGCGACUUGUAUCUGCACACUGUGUGGAAAAGAGUACGAGUGGAUGUCAGGCGAACAUAA